GUCACAUUCACAUUCACAUUCACGCUCACUCUCACUUUCACUCACUCUCAAAAUGCUUUGCUAAUAUUGUAGAAGACGAAGAAUUGCUCCACUUAAUAAACUAAACCAAUAAAAUGAGUUAUUAGUAUUAGUAUUACAGUGUCUCCACCUCUCUCGCACUUUCCUCGGUUUACCUAUUUGUUUUUUCUCAACAAUAAUAUAAACUAUGUAGUAUUAGUAUAAACCAUUUUUUUUUUUUUGAAAUUAAAAAUCAGGGUUUUGCUGCUACUUGAUAUUUUAAUAUACACUGAGUCGGUUGUUCUUGUCCAUGUGUUACGUUUUUCUUGGAUGGCGCUUCUGCUUCAAGCUCGAAACCUCGUCGUUUUCUUCUUCUUCUGAUCUCCUGUGGGCUUUUGCUGCUUUCUUUUCUUUCACUCUGUUCGAGAUAUAAAAGAAACCAAAACAAAACCAAUGCAUAUGCACCAGCCAUUUCUGCUUCUGCCUCUCAUUUCUUUCAACUUUCCCGCUCUCUAGAAGGGUAUAUUAAUUGUGUUGAAUCGUUUUCUCAUUUUCUGGAAAAAAAAAGUAUGAAUACCAGAGUGCGCACCACUCUUCAGGCAAUGAAAGCUCCUUUGAAUCUUGAUAAAGUAAGCGUUUUUUGUUUUUGUUUUUGUACUCUCCAAGUUAAAGGUCUUAUGGGCUACAAUUUCGAGAUGGGUCUGUCACUUUCUCAAGAAAAUGAGGCUCUGGAGCGAGGAAGCUAAAGGAAAAUCUAAAACAGUAUAUCUAAGAGUGGGGUAUCUUAAAUGUCUUAAUUUUAAAGAAACUUCAGUCGCUGUCCCAGUUUGCAUAACUUUCUUUAUGUUUAUCUUCAACUAAAAAGAGAAGAUGGAGACUCAAGGGAGCAGAGUAAUGGCUGCCGGGAAACCUGUGACCAAUCGACGAAGAUCAAACAGAGAAAGGAAAAUGGCCUUACUUCAAGAUGUUGAUAAGCUAAAAAAGAAGCUCAGACAUGAAGAGAAUGUCCACAGAGCACUGGAGAGGGCGUUUACUAGACCAUUAGGAGCACUACCUCGUCUUCCUCCUUAUCUUCCUCCAUAUACAUUAGAGCUUCUUGCUGAAGUAGCUGUUUUAGAAGAGGAGGUUGUUCGACUAGAAGAGCAAGUUGUGAAUUUUAGACAAGGUCUUUAUCAGGAAGCUAUCUACACAUCCUCCAAGAGGAAUGCAGAGAAUUCGAGUGAGAUUGACCAUAACUCGAUUAGAAGCUCCAAACAUCAGCGAUCAAAGUCCUUGCCCCAAAAUGAGCUCAAUUCAGCAACAUCCAUGCCCAGGCCUCUACCUUCUCUUGCCAGAAGUACUUCAAGUAGAAGGCUCUUGUUCUCUGAUACCACCCCUGAUCGAACCGCUAAUUGUUCCAGUAGGCUAGUGGUUGGGAAACAAUCUCCUAAGAAACCGAAUUCCUCUCCAUCUUUUCCAGAAGAUGGACGGGGAAAAGAGAAUCGGUUGUGUACUAACUCUGUGAAAGACAAGCCAUCUCCAGAAAAGAAAUAUGCAAAAAUUGCAACCCCAGUGAAGAAACCUCCAAUCAAGCGUGAAUCAGUGGAGAAGUGUGUGGAUAAUUUAAAGUCACAGCUAGAGAGCAGAUUAGUAGACCAGGAAAAAGCACAGGAGAGUUCUUCUGGUUCUUCAGAUGAUAGCCUAUUGGAAGCUGACAGCAGUCCAAACAAAGUAUCUGAGAAUAUUGUAAAGUGCUUGUCUAGCAUUUUCAAGAGAAUCAGCACAGUGAAGGACAAAGUAGUACACUCAGGGACUUCUCAAUCAGUAGCUUCUCAUGCAAGCAACAGAGAAACAGAGUUUGGAGAUCCUUACGAUAUCUGUUCAGAAUUCAGAAAUAGAGAUAUUGGUCCUUAUAAGCAUCUCUAUGCAAUUGAAGCAAGUUCAAUCGAUCUCAACCGAAAAACAAAUGCUUUGUUUCUUAUCCAAAGACUGAAGUUCCUAUUUGGAAGGCUUGCCACUGUGAACUUAGAGGGUCUUACACAUCAGCAGAAGCUUGCUUUCUGGAUAAAUAUUUACAAUUCCUGCAUGAUGAAUGCAAUUCUUGAGCAUGGGAUACCUGAGAUGCCUGAAAUGGUUGUAGCACUAAUGCAAAAGGCGACAAUAGUGGUGGGUGGACACUUGCUGAAUGCAAUUACAAUUGAACAUUUCAUCUUGAGACUGCCCUAUCACUUGAAAUUUACAUGUGCAAAAGCUGCAAAAAAUGACGAGAUGAAAGCACGCAGUAUAUUUGGGUUGGAGUGGUCUGAACCCUUGGUUACAUUUGCACUCUCCUGUGGUAGCUGGUCUUCCCCUGCCGUGAGGGUUUACUCAUCUUCCGGGGUUGAAGAAGAGUUGGAAAUUGCAAAGAGAGAGUAUUUGCAGGCAGCAGUUGGGAUUAGUGAAACAAACAAAUUAAGGGUCCCCAAGCUAUUAGAUUGGUAUCUACUUGACUUUGCUAAGGACUUGGAAUCAUUGCUGGAUUGGGUCUGUCUACAACUACCCAAUGAACUACGUAAUGAAGCAGUAAAAUGCCUUGAGAGAAAGAGAAGUGAACCCCUUUCACAAUCAGUGCAAGUAAUGCCAUAUGAUUUCAGUUUCAGGUUGCUUUUAGACAGAUGAGGCUUUUUUACUUCUUUUUUUUUUUCUUUUCUUUUCUUUUUUUUCUUUUUUUUUGUGGAUUUCGUAGUCUGUCUAGUUUUUUACUUUGGAUGUGGUGGGGUUAUAUGAGUAUAUAUACUUAUACAAACAAGUGCAAGUACGUACAUACCUAAUCUAGCAUUUGUGUGGGAGGGGAAUGAGUUUAAGGUGGGUGAUUGGUUCAUUAUUUGGGGAAGAGUUAUAAGAAAGAUGGUGAAUUCUUUAA